CUCCGCAUUCGAUUGCGACCACGCACGAGGCCAAGGCUUCUGUAUUCACUCCGGGCACCAACUCUGUACUAUACGCCAGCGCGUAACCCUCGUUCAAACGACUCGAUAGACUUGGACAUAGACAGCCAUGUCAUUCCAAGACUCGCCUACCCUCGAAGCCCAACCUACCACAUGGCGCCGCUCAGACGACCCCGAGUACCAGGAUGAUCCUGAGUUCAACGCCUUUACCACAGACCUUUCCGAUCGCCUGUUCUCCCUGACCGCCAAUAUCUCGCGCCUGUCCAGCCAAGUCGCUCUCCUCGGUACCAAACGCGAAACGGAUCGCGUUCGCGAACGAGUCCAGGAUCUGCUAGAAGAGACAUCGGCCAGUUUCAAGGAUAUCGGUGAUGGCCUGAAGAAGGUCCAAGCAUGGCACGACUUGGGCCCUGCGCAAAAGUACACCCAGGGUAAACUGAACCAGGAAUUCAAGGCUUCUUUGACCGAGUUCCAACAUUUGCAACGGGACGCUCUUGAUAAGCAACGCGCCUCUGCCAACGCUGCCCGCACCGCUCUCGAGGAAUCUGGCUCACCAACUGUUGAGCGCUCUCAACAGCAACUACAACAGCAGCAACAGGAACAGCUACGCUUGGCCGACCAGUCAGAAGUCGACUUCCAAGAAUCCUUGAUCAUCGAGCGCGAGGCCGAGAUUCGCAACAUCGAGCAAUCCGUGGGCGAACUCAACGAGUUGUUCAGAGAUGUCGCUCACAUGGUCCACGACCAGGGUGGCCAACUUGACAUUAUUAGCAAUAACGUCACGAGCACCAGAGACGACACACAGGGUGCCGACCGCGAACUGCGUACCGCCAGCAGACAUCAGAAGAAUGCCAGGAACAAGAUGUGCUGUUUGCUGCUGAUCUUGGCCGUCAUUCUGACUGUCGUCAUUGUUGCAGCUGUUGCUGGUUAGAUGGGCUGCUACACUCUAGACCUGUCUAUCUCUCGCUUCGACCACAUCCCCCAAUCGCUCGCCCUUUUCUUUUGUGCGCACUCCCGAUCUUUGGUAUACCCCUUCCUCUUGUUCUAGUCUCUUGGUCAAUGUAUAUACAAACACAGCAAACACAUUUUCCGUCGCCGGAACCAUCAUUUCCCGAUUACCCCCACUCGUACAUCUUCUUACCUGUUCGUGUGCCUCAAAACCAUAUCACUGUAUCAAGGAAGCAGUAUCCGAGAUUCUUGCAUCGACCUUCCCUUUUGUGUGCGUUUAGCUCCCACAAAAACCUUGGCCUCCACAAUCGAGUGGAAAAGACGAACCCUCGAGCCGGGAUGCAACGUCGUAUCUACCUCUUCAGACUUUCAAGCUUGUCCAUUCGCCAU